AUGGGCAACUCCGGCAGCACAGCUCCCGCACCACUAGGAAAGACCCAUGUUCCAGACUUAGAGUGGAAGGUCCAUGACUUCUCAGUGCUACUUGAGACGAAAGCUACCUCGGCGAUAUCCGCUCUUUUUCACUGCUCUGCGUACAAUUGGUGCUUGCUACUGACUCCAAAGCACAAACAAGAUGAUAAAGAAAAUCUAUAUGUUGCUCUUUCUCUUAUGAUAUCCAAGGGAGACUUGGAGCAAGGUCAAACGGUGCAUGCAGUGUUUGAGUUGUCAAUAUUCAACCAUUCAAAUGGAAUGUAUUGUGGAUACAAAGCUAGCUACAACUUCGCUUUCAACAAUGCCCAAUCGAAAAAGGAAUGCUUGAUUCCUCUUCAGGAGCUACUGAAAUCAUCUGCUUUUCUAGUUGAUGAUAGUUGUGUCUUUGGUGUGGAGAUAUUAAAAAUUGAUGUCUCUUCUCCUGAAAAGAAGGCCGUCGUGGUUCAAAAGAAGGCUACCAUAGUUCAGAACCUCUUUGUGCAGAAGAAGGGAUUCAUCAAAGGGACUUACACUUGGACCAUAAACAAUUUCCUAGAAUUGGACUCUCAGAACUUUGUCCGUUCUCCUACAUUUGAAGUUGGCGGGCAUAAAUGGUACAUCGGCAUGUAUCCACAUGGUGAGAGGCGCAGUACUGAUUGCCUCGCCUUGGGAUUGUACCUGGAGUCCUUGGAUGAGCUCUUUAUCGAGUCCAGGAAGGUGGUUCAAAUUACGCUGUCCAUCCUGGACCAAAAGACUGGGAAAUACUUCACUAGAACUACAGAUCUUUUGGUGUGUACACAUCGAGAAGGGUGGGGAUGGUUCGACUUCUUGCCACUCAAGGAACUCCAGGGUAUGUCCAGAGGCUAUCUUAUAGAAUCGAAGUGCGUCCUCAAGGCAGAUUUCACUAUCUUCGGGUCGUCGAAUGAUGGCUAG